AUGACAACACUGGAUACCCUAAAGCAACCCAUCGCCAUCCGCCCAGAGCUGGUCGCCACAGCACCCACAACGCUCAUUGUUCAUCCGCACAGUAUAAGCAAUUCGGGCAGCGACUUCACUAUUUCUGCCGUCAACAAUGCGGGACAAGGCCCCUCGCAAGUUGCUGCCAAACCGGCAAAAUUAUUCUUUGUCGACGGCAAGGCCUUCUCAUGGAGUAAUAAGAUGUGUUUCAUCGACGCCUCGGGCCUUCCCCUCUUCGAGCUCCAUCGCAAAAAGGCCGGGGUGACAUGGUUCGUCAGCCUGCCAGAGACGAAGGAUAAAAGCAUCGCUACGAUUGCACCACAGGGGCAUUUGUUCAAGGACAAGUUCGAUGUCUAUAUUCGGAAUGCGGCCGACGGGGGCGUGGAAGUCAAGCUUGAGGUGCGAGGGAAUGAUAUCUGGAAAUACAGGACUAGCGUCUACUACGGCGGGUCGCUCGUGAUGUCGAUCAAGAUUAAGCACUAUUACCUGGUGUAUGUGGGAUUGGGCAAACGGCCGGAAUGGGAGGUCAGCGUUGCACAGGGCUUUGAUCUUUCGCUGGCUUCUAUUAUUGGCGUUCUCCUGGUGCAUGUGUUGUAUAAACCGAGCUAUCAGUCGUCGUUCAAACCAGGCGAGUCUGGUUCAAGCCAGGAUCGCGACGCAAAUCUGCCGAUAAAAUAA